UUGUCUUUCUGGAUUAUCACAACUGUGUAAACGGUCACAUUACCUCAGACAGAAAGGAAAAUAUGACCUUUGAACUAUGGAUUAGGUGUUGUCCCAUAACAAAUGUCUGAGGCACAUACUUGAAAGUGCAUUGAAACAUUGAAGCAACUUUGAGGAAUGUUUUUUUUUUUUUUUUUUUUUUUUUUCCCCAGGGAUAAGAUAGGUAAGUAUGGUACACUGUCAGGGAAAAAAAGUGCAAAAAUUGUACCUUCUUCUGGCAGUGUAUGUAAAACAACAUGAUUCCGCCAUCAUUUUUAGAGGUGAGAUUGCCCUUUUAAUUUACAUCCCUACAAAGAACAGCCAAUCAAAUGCAGCCCACAGGAUGAUGACCUGACUGUUGCGUUGGAGUUCGAACUUUGUCCUGGGUGAGCAGAGUGACACAGACAGAGUCAGGACAACCUACUGACAGAUGUUUUGGUUUUGUCCCAUUUUUGGCGUUUUUUCAAGGAUAUUUUAGACUGCUUUACCCCUGGGUCAGAGUAAUGGAGCACUAUUCAGACCAGGGCGGUGAGGGGUUAGAACUGCUCGAUUUGCUCUUCGAUAAGAAUGAUGGUAUCCUACGGCAUGAGAACAUGGGACAACAAAUCGAUCAGCUUUGGCCAGUUCAAGAUCCUCAUAUGAUGAUGCCUGCCCAGGGAAACAAGGACUUCUUCAAUGCACUUUUAGGUGGGUCCGACUCUGUUUCGGGGUCUCCAGUUUGGUCGCCCUCUCCUAGUGACAGCGGAAUCAGCGAAGACCCUCAUUCGGAUCACAUCGACAGUCCGCCACCAAACACAAGCCCCCCGGUAGAGCCUUGCAUCGUCAUAUCCCAGAUGCAACACAAUCUCGACACAAACUUCCCAUUUGAUUUCAAUGGCUGGGAGACUGGCUUCUACCCAGACAGGGCUGGAGGGAUACAGCGUGCAUCUGAAACGCCACAGGAACAACCGACCAGUGGAUUCCCCCUAACUGUCAAGGACCUGCUGCUAUCUGGCACACCAGAGCCUACCACAAAGGUGUCCCAGCAGUCCUACCAGGAGCUGGUUCUCACAGAGGAUGAGAAACGACUACUUGCCAAGGAAGGAGUGACUCUGCCAAAUCAGUUCCCGCUCACCAAGUACGAGGAAAGGAUUCUGAAGAAAAUCCGCCGAAAGAUCCGCAACAAGCAGUCGGCCCAAGAGAGCAGGAAGAAGAAGAAAGAAUACAUCGACGGCCUGGAGAGCAGGAUGGCGGCAUGCAGUGCACACAACCAGGAGCUGCAGAGGAAAGUCUUCCAGCUGGAGAAAUGCAACAUCUCCCUGAUGGAACAACUUCGUCGGCUCCAGGCGAUGGUCAUGAACGGAUCCAACAAACUGGCCCAGACUGGGACCUGCAUUCUGGUGCUGCUUCUGUCAUUCACCUUGAUUCUGCUGCCCAGUCUUAAGCCCUUCACAGAUACCAAGGUCAGCCAGCACGGAGACUUCAGCCCACUGAGAGUUCAGUCACGGUCACUGCGCAACCUCCAGUCUUCCCGCGUGCUGCGCACCCUCGAGUAUCCGUACUCAGUGACAGAGGACCCCAAAAUCCCCCUGCGCUUCUCUGAGGAUAAAAGUAUGGAGGAGAUAGCGUCGCUGCUGGGAAGACUUCACAGGAGACCAGAGUUCACUAAUUACGACUCCGAAUUUCACAACCACAGUUUAGACCAGCAUGACGACCAUCACCAUGGAGACCCCAUCACUGGGCAUGUAGAGACGGUGACCUUGAAUCCACGACGUGGCUCAAGGCGGAGUCCUCAUGCUGAUGAUAUGUGAAGGGCAUAAGGGGAUUUACCCGGGGAUUUGUCAAAACUCCUUUAACAGCGCUUUUGAAGACGGGAGCCAGCCAACAGAUGGCUGGAAGCUAUUUUUUCCUUCUUUCUAAAGUAAUCUUUAAGAGAUACGCUAUCUACUUAUUUAUCAAACUUCGGAUAAAAUAAUAAGUCCAAUUUUAUCUGUUCAUUUGGAAUGAAGGAAGUGCUUAUUUUUCUUGUUUUUAACCUUGACAUUUAAGAAGCGCAUAAUCUUUCUUUUUCGUUAAAAUGCAGUGGGGUCCAAAUGAAAUGCUCCUGUUUUCAAAUAAGGGCUCUUUUUGCGAAAGCCUAAUGGUUGACUGCAGGCUACAUUAUCGUGUUUGUUAACCGACUACGACAUGUAAGAUUGAUAUUAAAUUAUUUUAAAAGCUUACCUGUAGGUUUGUUAUCUCCAAGAAUAUUGCUGUAAUAUUGUAAAAGGCCUACUGCAAUAUUAGGCUUCUGAGGUAAUUCUCGCUACAGUCGAGGCGCAAAAUGGCGGCAGUUGCGUUUGUAUGAAACGAGAGUCCGCGGUGCGAUAAGAGAGACAUGAAAGUAGCGCCGGUUACAUUUACGCGAAUGAGCGGAAUGAUAUUCAGCGUUGCAGUGAAAAAUAUCAGGCAGCUGGAUGACACAAUCGACCAAUCAUAAUCAAUUAUUCCAGAGAGCCGUGUAAUAAGAUGUGUAUAAAAAUAGUGUAAUAGCAAUUUGAGUGAGAAAUUAAAUUAAAAAAAUAUUAAACUGACCGUUUGUACAAACGAAUUAGCAUAGGUUUGAUAUUUAUUUUACUUUUUUAUUAUUUACAAAUUAAAGGUUAUUAAAUAUUAAUGAUAAACAUCCCAGAUAUGACAUCAGACUUUUGGACUCCACUGCAACCUAUAUAUUAUAGCUAUCACUACAAGUUUGAACCAUUUCUGCUCUACUUGCAAUACAUCUGAGGUGAAUAAUAAUACAAAAUCUGUUCAUUCCACUUCAUUAAUUUUACCUUUUGAGUCCUUCAGCAAGUUUGUUCUAAAGGAGAGCCUUGUGUUUGUCUUUUCCUUUUGAAGACAGUUUUGCUUUAGGGGUAUUAAUAUGAAGGCUGAAGUAAUUUUUUUAUCGACUAAGAAAAAGUUAGUGUGCAUAAAUUGCUUUUGAUAACAGUCAUGCUUUUUCAAUAAAAUCACAUUAUGUUGAAAUGUCUUUCAACCAUCA